CGACUGGAUAACCGUGCGUACCGCGAAUCAAAACAAACAUGUCGGUGAACGACUGCAUAAUUUUUCGGAUAUUGUUUAGUUUAACAAAAUUUUACAGAAGGAAUUCAGUAUUUGCAACUUUCAUUAUCAUUACCCUUUCUGCUACUCCUAUUCUUGCUAUUAGUGACACUGUAGCCUUUGUUGAUGUGAAGAGAGAUGAGAAAACACAGUUCCAGAAACGGGUUUCUAAAAAUGGAGAUCUUUUUGACAUUUCCAGUUUGACAGCCAAUGUCAGAGGCUGGUUCGCAUCAGCUGGCAGUGUGAAAGAGGCUGAAGGAAGACUCCAUUUGAUACCAACAGAAUGUGGUACAGAUGAUGAGAAAGGGUUUGCCAGGCUACCCAUGGAUUGGAUUGGUGUCUUCCAUUAUUCACCUCAAUCAACCGAUGCAUCAAUGGAGAACAGAACAGGAGAAUGUCCUGGUGUAAUGGAUAGGGUAAAGAAUGCUAUCAUGUUUGGUGCUUCAGCUAUAAUAAUAUUAAGUUUAAAUCAAAAACUAGUUAAACAGUUUGAUAUAGGACAAGAAUUUGCCAAGCCUGUUGUACUAAUACAAGAUAAAACCAAUAUUACUUCAUUUCUCACCCUACUUAUGAGUAAAUUACGAGUUAAGGCUAAAGUAUUUAUUAAUAACACCAAACAAGGACUAAUUAAAUUUCCCACUAUAACUAUGUGGUCAACUUGUGGUCGCAGUACAGUGGGUGUAGGAGUUAUAUGUCUGGGUACCGAUGGUAAAAAACUACAGAAAGGCAAGACUGAUCCUGGUAUAUUCUGGAACUGUUUUUAUACUCUCUUAUUUCUAAUGAUGAUGAUGCUUGUUGUGAAAAGUAGAAGGUGGAAUGGAGAAUGGGGAGAUCCACAUCUUGAGGCCUCACUUAGGAAAUUGGCUCAUCAAGCAUUAUCUAUGAUGCAAACUCGUAAAUAUAUUGUUGAUAGAUCAAAAAAGGAAGAGGAUAUUUGUGCUAUAUGCCUGGACAUUUUCUUCCAAAAACAGAAAUUACGAGUUCUUCCAUGUCUUCAUCAAUUCCAUACCAGAUGUGUGGAUCCCUGGUUAGUUCAUAAUAGAACUUGUCCCUUAUGUAAGCUCAAUAUUAUAGAAGUCUUUCAAAAUGAAUGUGAUGAUGAAUAAAGUAAAGAAGUUGGUUUGAUAUUGUAGAUUAUUACACCCCCCCCCCCCUACAACAACAUAUCAUAAUAGAAAUGUUUUUUUAAGACCAAACAACCCUCCUGGGGUCUCAUAAAUGGCAGCAGACAACCAACAACAAGAGUGAUGUGUUACCUUUUUGACUAAGAAGUUUCAUCAGAAUUAAGCCGAACCUGUUUAUAAAAUUUUAGGGCAACAUUCAGCAAUAGUUGUUAAAUUGACAGUUAACUUCAACGUCUGUAAAUGCUGAACUGUGACCUAUAAAAGGCUACAUAUCAAUACAAUCACAACAUUCAUACCUUCAGCCAAUUAUAUAACUGUCAAAAAUCAUUUUCAAAUUCGAAUUCGUUCAAUCAAGAACGCUCAUUAUUUUAUAUAACUGAUGAAAAAAGUAACUUUCAAAUUCAAAUUCAAUAAGAUUUUGUGAGUCACAUUCCCAGUUUCGUCCACACCAAAUGUAGUCGUGAAGUGUUCAGGGACCUAUUAUUGACGGAUUAGAAUACAUUUUAAAGAAAGUGUGACGGCAACAUAAACGCCCCCAUAAAACUCCAUGUGGUAUAAAAGCUCUCUGUUGCGAAUGAAGAAUAACUAUGCCUUGAUACGAAAGAUUCAUCUUUUCGGUGAUGUUGCCAGUAUAAAUUGAAACUUAGUGAGAUUAUCACAAAACUAGAAAUUCAAACAGCUUUUGAAACCUAAUCCAGCAGCGGUUACUAAAUGGUUGCUUUAUGUAUAAAUCUAUAAACAUAUUUGUGUAACGUUUAUUAACGGAAAUUAUAACACCAAAGUUUCAACAUGGCGGUCUGUGGGUGUAAAACGACAAAAUGGCCACGUGGUUAUCCUCGUUGAUUUUCUUUGCUGCAGCUGUCGUUACUAUUACCGUUUCUGAUACGGGUAAAUAAAAUGAAAUGAGACUUUUCUACACUAAACGGACUAAUGACGAUAAAGAGCAAAUAAAGCAGCCCCGUGAGACGCUAUGGGCUUAUUUCAAUUUCUAGCUGUUAAGGGAUCUUUAAACUUUUGCCAAUGGUAUAAACUGAACUUUGGUCUUUCACCACGUCUGAAUGACUAGACGUUUUUCUUAGUCAGACCUUCCGCCCUGCAUCACUGACAAGCGGUAACCAGAUCGAAUCGGGACCUUUUUGCUAUGCUCACAGUGACACCCCCCCCCCCCCGGCUACUAUCUUUAAACUGACGACGACGGGUGACGACAACCGUUAUAAAUAGGUCUUUUACUGCCAAUAAAAUUGGAUAAGCGUUGUCACAAAAAAGAAACUUUAACAAAUCGUCUUCCUGUCUAUUUGAAUUUUAUUAUUCUUAUAAAAAUCAAUAAACACAGUUGAAUAUAAUCUAGUAACUGGAGCAAGUAAUAAACUAUAAUACAUGGACAACUGCUACAAAUAUAUUUAUUAAGCUUGAUAAAAUUGAGAGCAUACUCUUGGGAACGUCGCCUAAAUAUAUUAGUAAUUGUUUUCCAAUCAAACAUUUUGAUUAUUUUAUGGGCAACUUAGUGACCAGAGUAUGUCUUAUAAAAUAAUACAGUGGGGAUGUCGAUAUGGACUGGAUCCGUUUUUAAAUUGAUUUUGAAAUAGUUGUCGCCUUCGUUUCUAUUGUUUUUAAAUCGUUAUCUUUAAUAUGGACAUAUGCGCACAAGCACGAUUUUAGAUAGUUAUAACAAUGUUACCCCGGUAACAUGCGGGUAAAUAGUUUUAGCUGUUCAAAAAAGAAAUACCAAAGUUUAGUCUUGUACAGGUUUCAACCACAAUGUGUUCAACUAUAAAUGGAUCUGAAACUAUAAAUAAUAACAGAUGUGUUUACAAUAAAUUCAGCAUUUUUAUAAUGAAUUAAUCAAGGCCGGGUUUAUCUACUAUAGGGCCCUAGGUAAACCCGGACCUUUAAUUAAUUCAUUAAUUCUUGUAUUAUCCUAUAUAAGAACUUGAGUGUGUUUUAGGAUUGUUUAUUAAUUAUGCAUCCCGUUUGCCAGUGGCGGAUAAAGGUGGGGGAGGGGGCUAGGGCCCCCGAACACCCCUCCCCUUAAAUGACAGUAUAAACUAUUCACUUAUAAAUCUGUUUCUAUAUGAAACGUGUAAAUUCGAGAUUGCCGAUACCCCGAUUUUGCUCGGAGGGAAGAUCCCCUACCCCCCUAACAAACUAGCCUGCAUCCGUCACUGCCGCUUGUAAUUUAUUUCUGAUUCUAGAGAAAUAAUUACUGUGUUACCUAGUGAUCAUUUCAGCGACAGAAAGUAGAUGAUAAAACAUCAGCUAAGAUCACACCAAAUUAAAAUCUUGCUUCUUAUUUUUUUGGUUAUGAAGAAUAUUGUAAAACCAAAAAUGAUUGAGUUCUACUUAUAAGCUCAUACUUCAAAAUUAUUAUGUUUUGACAUUGGAAACUAGCAUCGCUUACAAAACCGAAUAGAUGGUACGUUUUUACCGGAAGAAAAAAAAAUGAAUUGGUUUGAAUAGCCUGAUGAUUAAAAUUGUCGCCUGGAAAUGGAUUCUGAUGUAUGACAUGUAUUACUUGUAAUUUUUGUUGAUUUAUAGCGAUUAUAGAUUUAUUAUUGGAUAGUUUAAUCUGUGGAUUGAUUUGUAGAAUAUAUUUUAAAAAAUCGUGGAAGUGGGCCUAUAAUGAAUGGCAACAAUGAAUGGCAUAUAAAUCCCGACCGCGUGACUUACGGAUACUAUUUUCUUUCACACAGACUUCGUUGCACACACCGAACGUAAGACUUGCGCUCACAUAAAUCUAGCAUAAUUCUAGUCUGUCCGAAAUACAUGACUAUUACAAUUCCUGCUUAAUGACUAUUUUGAUGGUUGACGACCAGAGAAAGAGUCAGUUAUUUCAGACUAUAUGAAGUCUAUGAACCUACGUGGAUAUUUCAGACUGCAUGAAGUCUAUGAACGUACGUUCAGGUAAUUAAGCGUCCCAAACGUAUCGGAAAUUUCACUAUACAGAGGUCUAUAUUGAAGUUGAUUUGUGUAUGUUUACUUACAUAUUGUAUAUUUUGUGCAUUGAAGCCCGGGACAGUUAUCGAGUUGAUAUUAUUAAUAUAAAUCUUCUAAAAUAUUAAUUUAUUUAUUUUAUUGUGUAGAAGCUUGUUAAAUUUAUGUAGUUUUAUUUAUGAUAUAAACAAUUGUUUUGUGCAAUAAAUGUGUAACAAAUAUUAAA